AUGCCUCCCUCCCUUGGCAGGAAGACUCGUGCAUCAUGUGAUGUGGCUUUUUGCCUUCCAUGGGAGCGUUGCGUUGAAGGAAAGUGCACAUGUAAACCUCCUUAUCUGUGCCCCGUUGAGAAUGUGAACCCAGUUUGUGGCCAUGACAACAGGAACUACCGAUCCUACUGCCAGGUGAUGGCGCUCUCAUGCCGGACCAGGAAAUCCCACAUGUCCCACUUUGGGGAUGACUGUGAUGUAAAUGGUCCAAAGUUCAGAACUUCAAUAGAUGAGGAAACCGGAUUAGUCAAGUUGUUUGUUCCUGACAGCAAUGGUGGGGAGGAAUUACUGGUGUGUAAGAAGAUGUGGAACAUGGCUGCUGCUAAUGUGGCUUGCAAGGAACAGAAGAAACCACUGGGUGCAGCAUCCAAAAACACAGUGGAGUACAACACCUUGACAGCUUCCACACAGCUUCCACACAGAUGUGUUAGUGUCUACUGUCAAGGUUAUGAAACGUCCUUAGCUGAGUGUGUUAUCUACGACAAAGUGGAGGUUACAAAAGGAUCGUUAGUUGCUACUGCAACCUGUUACCAGGAAUCAACAGCACCAACAGACCAUCCCUUCACCUGUGUGAAUGGAAAGCGUGUGGCUCAAUACCAGACGUGUAACGGAAUUGAUGAUUGUGGUGACCAAAGUGAUGAGAUGUGCUGCAAAAAGUGCAGAAAAAAUGCUUUCCACUGUAAAACGGGAGUGUGUAUUCAUAAAGAAGCACUCGCUGACGGCAAGAUCGACUGCCUGGAUGGCGAGGAUGAAUCAAACAAAUUUAAGUCAAAGCAAAAAUCACUUUCACUGAAAGGUCUGCCCAAAAAUUCAGAGUACAUCUCUCCAAUGAAUGAAACGAAGGCCAACAGAAAAGCCCUGGAGGCCAAUCUGGUCUGUGGCAUUCCAAAUGCUACCACAGUGGAUGAUGAGGAAGUGGUGCAACGAGGAAAGAGUACCCAUGGAAGAGUCAAGAGGGUAGUCGGGGGAGUACCAGCAAAGCCGACCCAAAUUCAGUGGCAGGUUGCUCUGGAGGAAAACAAGAGGAUUGACUGUGGAGGAGCUUAUAUCGGAGGCUGCUGGGUCAUCACUGCAGCUCACUGUGUCAGACCCAACCCCCGUGCCUUCAGAGUGAAGUUUUCCCUCUGGAAAAAAUCUCGAGCUCAAGACACAACUGACAUUGUUCCUGUUGAGGACAUCAUUAUCCACCCAAAUUAUGUUGCCAACACAUAUGAAAACGACAUCGCUCUGGUAAAACUCCAGAAGCUUCCAUUCACAGAGAAAUGUUUGGUGGACAAUCCAGCAAUAAGCGCAGUCUGUGUUCCCUGGUCCACACACCUCUUCCAGCCCAACCACACCUGCAGUAUCUCUGGGUGGGGACGAACUGCAGAGGGGAGGUCAGCUUCAGUGUUGCUCUGGGCCAACGUUUCUCUGAUCGACAAUUGCGGCAGAUUCUAUGGAAACCGCUUCAAACCAGGCAUGAUGUGUGCAGGUGAUGUGGAAGGCAGCGUGGACUCCUGUCAGGGUGACAGUGGAGGUCCUCUGGUUUGUGUGGAUGAGUUAGGCGUUUCCUACCUGUGGGGCAUCGUCAGCUGGGGUGAGAGGUGUGGACAGCCAGGAUUCCCUGGAGUUUAUACACAGGUCGCGCAUUACUUCGAGUGGAUUAGGCUUCACAUAGGUUGGUUUGCAGUCACCAAAUUCAACUCAUAAUAUGGAAAACCCACAGCAUGUGGCCACAUUUCAAUAUAGGUGUGCCAUUUUAUUUUGGUUAAAACUGCUCAGUGAAAGAUGGUAAAAGACGCAUUCACUGUUUGAUGUUACUGCUUGGACCUACUGUUUGUAUUGGUAUUAAAAUACUACGUUCUAUCCAGUAAAACACCAAUAAAA